AUGCGGGUGCGAACGCGUCUGGUGGUGGGGCAGGCCCACAGGACCUAGUGGCCUGCCGCCUCUUUCUGCCGCGAACUCUACAGGAGUCUCCUGGGGGGAGCAUCGGACUCCCAUAGAAGUCAUUCAGUUCCUACAACGUCACCACGUCCCACUCUCGUGCCAGUUCGGUUUCGGCCCACUCGGACUCGCCCGUCACCGUCUCGUCGAAGUUGUUUGACAUCGCGUCCAACGCGUCCACAUCAGAAGCGAUCCCCAUCGCCGGUGCGGCCGUCUUUCCUCUACAGACACUUCUUCAUCAAACAUAUAUCCUGCGGACCCUUCUCAACGGGACACGGCUUUUCCUGGUCAUGGUUUCAGACGCUUCUUCCUCGGCGAGACUAGGUCGGCUUUGGACCAACCUCUCCGCUUUUCCUUCCAUCACAGAUUUACGUGCGGCCUUGACCGGUUUCGUUACGCCCCUCAACCCUGAUCGAUAG